AUAAAACACGGUACAAAAAUUCUUAUUAAUAAAUUAUUAAACUAUACUUUCCAAUGAGCGCAGCUUAUAAUACUAACGGAUGAAACCGUAAGUAUGACGAUGAAAAUAUUGCUGAAUAAUUUUGGCCGUCGCAAAGGCGUUUUUUACUCCUCGGUGAUUCUGACGAGUUUCGUCCUGUUCGUCCAAUGGCAAUUCUACUCAAGUUCCCAAACCAAACUCACUGCUGAUGCAACAGAAAAUAAUAUUCAAUCGUUGGGGACAUCUAACCGACUUAUACUAGGCGGUGAUGACAACAGCACUAGUUUUUUAAUCUCGAACGAAACCUGCAUCUUGGCCACGACUAAUAUGAUGCCCAGUCCAACAUUGCCUACAGUUGACGUGUCAACAUCAGUGCCGAUACUAAUCGAACCACAGCCUGAACUCUACCAAAUGAUUGAAAGAUUUUCAGCAGAGGACAAACUGUUGAGAAUGAACACAACUUUCAAGCGGAUACUCUUCUGGAAUGAGAAUAACAAGAACAAGAAUUACGGCGUUGGGCAUGGGAGGGACGUUCUGAAAAAGUUGGGGUGCCCCGUUUGGCAGUGCGAAACUUCAGCCAACCGAACGGACGUCCAUACCUAUGACGCCAUUCUCUUUCAUCUCCGAACGUGGAGUAAAAAUGAUUUGCCACACCCACGCUUGGCUAAUCAGCGCUACGUGUUGUGGAGCAUGGAAUCGGCGGCUUGGCGCAUUUACAGCGUCGCUCCCAUGGCCGAAUUCUUCAAUUGGACCAUGACCUAUCGCUGGGACUCUGACGUGAUCGCUCCCUACGGCUAUGUCAGACCCAUUGGAAACGUGCCGCUUCAUCCUAGUGAGGCCCAAAUGAAAACCUACUUGUCUAAUCAUCGCAACAGCAGCCGAAACUACGCCAAAGGAAAGACGAAAAUGGUCGUUUGGUUUGCCUCAAACUGCCGGAUUGUAGUGAGCAGCCGAAACGAAUUGGUAAAGGAACUGCAAAAAUAUAUUGCCAUCGACGUGUACGGCACUUGCGGCAAUUUGACGUGUCCCAAGAAGCUGGACGAUUCGUACGAGUCGAGCGAAGAGUGUCGGGACUUGGCUGCCUCCGAACACAAAUUCUACCUUUCACUGGAGAAUUCGCUGUGUCGUGAUUACGUCACCGAAAAGUUAUUCGCUAUGAUGCACCGCCCAAUCAUCCCGGUCGUUUACGGCCUUCACGACGACCAAGAAAAACUAGCGCCACCGCAUUCGUUCAUUAACGCGGCAAAAUUUGAAAACACGAAAACGCUGGCUGACUACUUGAUUCUCCUCAACAACAACGACACGCUCUACAACGAAUAUUUCUGGUGGAAACCUUACUUCCAAGUUCACGACAGCGAACACGAGAAGAAAAAAAGCAUGUGUCGCUUGUGUGCCGCUCUCCACGAUGAAACUUUGCCACCGAAAAUUUAUCACAACCUCACCGAUUGGUGGGAUACGCAAUCGGCCUGCAUUUUCUCGCCUAAAAUCUCCUAACGCCAUUUAGUCAUUUACUGAUGUGUGGUCAAUGAUAAAAGUAAUAGAUGCUCCAAUACAC